GCUUGUUCUCUGGGUCCACUUGGUGAAUUUGGGCUGGGACUGCGCGGUUGCAGCAGCUCUGUCGCAUUGGUGUGAUGAUUUGAACAGUGCCAAGCAUAGGUAUCAGUUGACCUUCUGCCGGCGGACUUACCUGGACAAUGCUCCGGCUGGUGCUACACAGAUCGGGAUCCCGGCUGAGACCGACACAGGUGGCUUCACACACUUCCUGCUUUACGCCUCAUCAGCCUUGGCGGAGCAGUCGACACCUUCAUUCCUCCGUUUUGAUGACUUGCGAUCCAGAGUUGCGAGCCUAAGCUUCGUGGACUUGGAUCUCGACGCUGGUGAGCUGGGCGGCACGAUCAGUUGGACAGCUGUUUUUGACAAGCAUUUGAUCGCUUCGUACAACAUCUACCUGGCCACAAGCUACGAAGGUGAUGGCAGGGAGCUCCAGCUUACGUCCACAGAGCUCAGCAGUCUGCUUCCUCCAGAAACAUCUUUGAGGCACUUCACGCAUCUCGUGAUCUACGCUGCAUCAGAGCUGGCAGAGCAGACGACACCCGUCGCACUUCUACUUUCAGACGUGCAAGCUACCGUGGCCAAUGUGUCGUUGCCUGACUAUGAUCUGGACGAGCACGAAAUUGGUGGCAGUUUGGUGUGGGAUGAACCAAGCAACACUGAGCAGGUGACCCACUAUAUCGUCUACUUUGCAGAUUACAACUUGACCAACGGUUCUGACAUCCGUGCAUACUUCCAGAAUGUCUCUGUUGGCAAUGACAGCCUUACGGUCCAGCCUGACACUCCGUUGAUCAACUUUGCCAAUGUCGUUCCACGAACAACCCACGUUGCCAUCUAUACACUCUCCCCGCUGGUGGAACAGAGUACGCCGGCUACGCACGUCAUAGUGGAUGCGUUUGCCACGGUUUCCGGCACACUCUUUGUCGACAAGGACCUGGACGAAGAGGAAAUCGGCGGUCGAAUGGCAUGGCAGCUGCCUGCACAACUGGAGAAGGUGAUCCAGUACAAUGUCUACUUUGCAGAGGGUGCAGAUGGACUCAACAGGCACCUCACUAACUAUAACAUCAGCAUCGUGAUGAGCUCUGAUGGAGAUGCUGGCGCAUCAGGAGCUGAUGACGAGGGCUACCUUGACAUCCCGCCGGACACUGCCCUGCAGUCCUUCUCACACCUGCUGGUUUAUACUCGCUCGGUGCUUGUCGAGCAGAGCACACCCGACUCUUUCAUCAUCAGCGACACAGCAGCCACGGUCCAAAACAUCAGCUUUCCGGACGAAGACUUGGAUCUUGGGGACUUGGGCGGCGUCUUGGAGUGGGUCGAGCCAGAGGACGUGUCGCAGGUUACGCACUACAUGGUGUACCUGGCAGAGCUUUUUGGCGAUCCAGGCGUGAACAUCAACAUCAGCAACGGCAAG